CAUUCUCGUCUCCACGCCCCCGUUACCGACUCGCAUCCCUUCGCCGAUCGAUCGCUCUCUUUCUCGCUGAGCGAUGAGCCUCGACGGCAUCGAUGAAUGGGACGAGAACUUUCUAGAUGAAGCGAUCCGCGUCGAGCUCGAAGCCCUCUCAUCAAGGAACCUACCGCCGGAGCCGAUACUCUCUCCCCCUGCUCCUCCCUCCGCCGACAUCCACCCUUCGUCUAGACCACAGGCCGAUGCUGUCGAACCCGAACCUACUCGCAUCCGGUUGGAAUCUGAGACGGAUCCUUUUCGGCCUCCAGUCUCUUGUUCCUGGCGCGGCGCGAGGGUUUCGGGCAGAGACGCAGGCGGCGGCACCCUUAGCUUCUCGCCCCCGCGGGAGCUCUCGCAGAGAUACAGAGAGAAUCCUGAUUCUGAGGUGGACUGUGAGGUUGUACAGCCAUCAUUUUUUCGGAAUGGUCGGAAAAGAAAUCACAGCGGCGGGGGCGGCGCCAACCGGGAUAGGGAAGUGGAAAGAUUAAAGAGGGAGCUAAGUAAUUCCUCCAAGCAUCUUAAAGAUUUGGAACAAGAAUGUGCGGUUCUAAAAAAGGAAAGAAGUAAAAAGGAUGAACAACUUAAAUGUGCUUUUUCAGAGAUAGAAGCUAAAGAAGCUGAAUUACACAGUUUGAGAAGUGAUCAGGUUUAUCAUCAACGUGUUAAUCAAGAUAAGUGUGCUAGGCAGACUCCACACGGUUUUGGCCAAAGAAAAACCAAAGGUGAAAACGGAAUCCUAGGACCAUCCUCUUUGGACCAUCAUGUGUUUCAACAUACAGAUCGUAAAGUAGAACAUUUGCAAACUGCUGGUUCAGCAGACCAUCAUAUUUUGAUUGAUAACUGUUUAAAUGCUUCUGCAGGAGUUGAUGAACAGGUGCAUUGUAUCCCACAGAAAGUCGCUAAAUUGAAGGGGAGUAAAGCAGUAGGAACCCAAACAGAUAAUUACCAGCAAUUUGGCUAUACUUGUCAGGAAGAUGAAAUUGAGGAUCAUAUCUCAAAAACACUAUUAAGUGUCUGGGAUUCUCCCAAUAACAUAAUGGCAGAGAAGAACAUGAUAUCAAGGUUGCUUGUUUCUUGCACAGAAGAAUUUUGUGUGCUUUUCAGGUGCAUGAAUAUGACAUCCAACAAAGAUUUGGAUUGUCAUGCAGAUGGAGACCUUUCUCACAUGAAUUUGCAUCAAGGUGCACAAUCUGCCAUAUCAACCACUUCUAAGCUAUCACAUCUUGAUGCAAUAAUUAAAAAGAUGCAUAAUGGGAUCACACAGUUACAUAAUUUGCUCGAGGCCUUACUUGACAUAUGCACUCUUGAAAAUAAUUUUGUUGUCCAAAGAUCCUUAAGAAUACUACACACUGUCUUGCGAUACUUGUUGCCUUACAACAGGUCUAUUAAAAGGAAAAAUGUGUCUGUUGGCCAACUUUCAAGUGACAAUGUUAAUGAAGAACCGAGACGUCCAGAUUGGAAUCACAUCAUGGAUCAUCUCGAAAGGACAUACAGUGAGAUCAAAAGUUCCGAGUUACCAUCGAUCAAGACAAAUUCUUUGGAUUUGGAAAACCUCUGCCAUGACAAAGAGAAGAUUGACAGCAACAGGUUCCUAUCUUCUGAAAGUUUGGUUUCAACUUUAAAGAGCAUGGAGCAAAUUGUCACAAGGAAUACAGAAGAGUCUGUACGGGUUGAAGCACUAUCUGUUAUGAUUCUUAUUAUAAUAGAGAGUAACCCAAAUGGAGAAAGAAAUAAGUUUGAACUGAUCACACUAUUGGAUGUUGUAUCUAAGUUGCUUCAGAAGGAAGCUGGCUUGCAUGUGCAGAAGCAUGCUCUUCAUCUAUUUUUCUUGCUCCUGAACACAGGCCCAAAUACGUUGAUGCUUCUCACCAGUGAAGGUAAAAGUGGCCCUGAGGCAGAAAAAGGCAGUCAUAGUGUUUCAUUAAAAGGGGUCAUGAGCUUACUUUUGAAGGGUUUGUCAGAAUGUUUAACAUCAACUGGGACAGGAAAUCUGGAGAUCAAGCUUCGCAAGCAAGUGAUUAUAUUGUUAGCUUAUGUAGCAUCAUGUGGGAGAUCUGGUUUCGAAUUCUUGUUGAAGCCUGUAGGGCCUCAGGAUGUCAAUUUCUUGCAGCUGAUUGUACAAAUUUUGGCAUUUGAGAUGGAUGUAGAAAUUGCUGAUUAUACCAGUGUCCAGUCCCUCAGCAAGGAAAGGACAUUGUUGUUGAGGGAAGCAUUGAUACUCUUGAAUAGAUUAUCAUCGCAUCCUAUGUAUUCAAGGCCUACGCUUGAAGCACUGACAGGCAACAAGACUUCAAGCUUAACAAUUGAUGUCGUGAACAGGUUGUCUCAUAGGAACAGAGUCUUAUCCGAGUACGACAAUGCAAAAAUGGUACAGCUGAAAGCCGAGACCAUGGACUUGGCACAAUUGUUUAGAUCAAGAGUCUUCGCCUUCCUAGGUGGACAACAAAUGAGUUGAUCAAUUUUGAACGACACGAUGCUGCAAGCAUCAAGGUAGAGUUCAUUUCCUUGAGCGAAGAAUCCCUUGAGCUGGUGGAAGAGAUUUUUGUAGGUUCAUGCAUAUGUUUUGAAAGAUAUUUUUCUAAAAGCUCGUGUUUGCUCAAAAGUAAAGUGGAUGCUUUUUGGUGGUUGCAUCCAUCUUGUAGACCUUGUCGAGCUGUAUAUAAUUUAAAUGACACGAGUUGAGCUUGGUGCCGAAUGAGACGAUAAUGCUAAUUGAUUUUCUUUGCAAUUAUGAGAGUGAUGCAUCCCCGAGAUGCUUGAGAGUUUGUACAACAAAAGCUGAAAUCAAAUCAAAAUUUUAUUAUUCUAUUCA